AUGAAAAUAAAAUUUUUUGGAUUUGUUUUAUCUAAAGAUGAAGAAUUAGAAGAUAAGAAUAAGAAGGAAACUAAACAACAAGACGGAGCCGAGAUAAAACAAAAGGAAGGCGAAGAAACUGCGACAUCUGCAUCAGCAACCACCAAUAUAGAAGAUACUACCACAACCACAACCACCACUACUUCCACCACUACACCAACAAAUGAUGAUGACGAAGAAGAAAAUGAUAGCGACAGCGAUGAUAAAGAUCAGGCAGCUGCAGCAACAGCAUCAGGUACACCAAAUAAAUCAUCGAAAUCUAAAAAAGAAGAUAAGAAUUUAAAAAAGGAUUUAAAGAAACAAAAACAAAAAGAAGAAAAAGAACGUAUAGAGUUAGAGAAACAAAAGCAAAAAGAAGAAAAGGAGCGUGUAGAAUUAGAGAAACAAAAACAAAAAGAAGAGAAGGAACGUUUGAAGAGGGAAGAAAAAGAAAAAUUGGAACAAGAGAAAUUAGGGAAACAAAAGCAAAAACUUGAAGAGAAGGAAAAGGAAAAAGAAAAACCAACUAUCACCAGAGAACCAUCUGUAAUAUCGAAAAUAUUUUCUGUUAAAAAAUCUAAUAGUAGUUCAUUAAUUAUUGAAAGAUCAAAUUCACCAACACCAAUCGAUCACGAUAAUGAUAGUAAUACAGCAAAUUUAAGUAGUGGUAAUUUAGCAAUAUCAGGUGAUUCAAUUAAAAAUAAUAAUAAUAAUAAUAACAAUAAUAAUAAUAAUAACAAUAGUAUUAGUAAUAAUAAUAAUAAUGGUGAAGGUUCUACAGAAGAAGGAACCAAAGAAAAUGUAAAUAUAAAUUCAGAAAAUCCAAUAGUAAAUGAAACAACCAACAAUAAUAAUAUAGAAAAUUCAGAUAAUAAUUGUACUAUUCAACCAUCGCAAUCAUCAGAACAAAUUAAUGAUAAGGAGGAAUUAUCAUCAAUAGUUGCAUCACCAUCAACACCUGGAGCAAAGAAAGAGGUAGUUAUUAAAGUUACCAGGGCAUUUGCACCAGUAGUGCAUCAAAAUGUUAUGAAGGAAGAGGGUGAACAUAAAUUAAGAAAUAUGGUUAUUAAUGAAAUUAUAAAUACCGAGAAAGAUUAUAUAGCCGAUUUAAAUACAAUAGUAAACUUCUUAUUGACACCACUAAGAGAGAGCAAAAUUAUAACCGAGAAGGAUAUUUCAACCAUUUUUUCAAACAUUCAGUCACUUUUAAAUGUCAAUAAAGAGUUAUUAAGUGAUCUUAUACGGGUAGCACCUGAUGAAAAGCCAGAGUCGACUAUUGGUAUAAGGUUCAUUUUCUUUUUCAAUUACUUAAAGAUUUAUAGUUCGUAUUGUGCCAAUCAGACUAUAUCAUCAGAUCACAUUGUUCGUUGUAGUAAAAAGAUACCAGCAUUUAAACAAUUUUUAGAAGAGAAACAAGCAUCUCCAGAGUGCCGUCAAUGUAAUCUCGAAAGUUUUUUAAUUAAACCAGUUCAAAGACUUUGCAAGUAUCCAUUGCUUUUAAGGGAGCUCAUUAAGAACAGUCCUCCUGACCAUCCAGAUCUUGAAAAUCUCGAAACAGCUUAUACGGCAAUUCAAACCGUUGUAUUAUCAGUAAAUGAAAGUAAAAGAAAGGCCGAGGUUCAUCAAAAAAUGUAUAAAAUCCACGAGAAACUAGAAGCUCCAGAGAAAUUUGUAUUCUUUACACCAACCCGUCAUUUAAUCCGUGAAGCUACUUUUGGUGAAUUAAAUGAUGAAAAAGAUAGAAUUAUUUGUUAUAUGCACUACUAUCUCUUUAAUGAUAUCAUCAUGAGAACUCAAAAGGACAAGAAAUCAAUCAAAUUAGAAACUCUUUUUAUCAUUGCCUCAACAAAUAUAGAUGAUGAAGAAAUUAGAAAUUCUCCAAUUCCUUAUACUUUUGAAAUUAGUUUACCAGGAACAACAGGUAGAAGAUUUACAUUGGUAGCAGAAUCUUACGAACAAAAAAUGGAAUGGUGCACAGAUUUGGAAGAGUUAAUCAGACCUUAUCGUGAGGAGCACGAAAGAGAAGCCGAUAAAUAUCUAGAUCAUAUUAAACGUAGUACUAUUGCCACCGCUAGUCCAUCUCAAUCCAACGAUACACCAAAAUCACUUCAUCGUGCUGCAACUGCUUCAGGUUCUUUGGGCGGUCAACCAACAUCUCCAUCACCAAAGCAUGCUAUUCCAUCAAAACCUUUACCACCUCCACCACCAAAAACAAACAAACCAUCCAUUCCACAACAGUCAGCAACACCAACAACACCAACACCAAUCGAAUCACCACAGACACCAGUUGAAUCACCACAAAUACCAGUUGAAUCACCACAAACACCUACUCCAACAAUUAACAAACCAAAACCAGCUUUUGCAAAGAGAUCAUUUAUUACAAACUCAUCAACAAAUACAACUACAGUAUCGCAACAAGCAAAUGCCGCAACAGAACCAAACCAACCUACUCAAUUUAAAGCAAAAAGAGCUUCGGUUGUACCAAUAACUGAGCACACACCAAAUGAAACACCUACCUCAUUUAGACCUAAAUCAACUCCACCACAACCAAUUGAACAAAUAACUGCUAAAUCUUCAAGACCAUUACCUACUCCAGGUAAUACUAACAACAAUAAUAAUAGUUCACCACCAACACCAACACCAACACCAACACAUGCACCAACACCAGCAUCUCAGCAACCAGCAGCAACUACUGUUAGACCAUUACCAAAACCAGCACCUCCAAUUGCAAAUAAUAACACAGAGCCACCAAAACCAAUUUCAUUCCCAUCAAAAUUAUCUCAAUUAAAACAAGCUGCACCAAAUAAUAGCGUAAGAUCUCACUCAACAUUUACACCAUCAUCAUCAUCAAACACAUCAUCAGCCUCAUCAUUUGUACCAUCAUCUGUGAAAAAUAAACCACAACAACCAGAAACUAAAGAUGAUUUAGCAAUUCCAUCCUCAACCAAUAGCACAGAUUCGAAUAAGGGUAGAUUUAUGCCACUCCCUCCAACACGUUCAGCUUCAAAUCUCCCAAGUACUACCAAUAUUGGAUCUUCAUCACCAUCACCUCACGAACCAAUCAAUACCACUAUCAAUACCAAUGCAAUGAAAGCUCCACCAAUUGUACCAUCACCAAAUACAAAAAAACCAAUAGUUCCACCAAGAAAAUAA